AUCAUUACUACCUCGGCCAUCGACUAUUCAUCCCCACAACCAGUGGUCUUUCCAUCUCACUGCCUAAAUUACGUCUACAGAUUCCUGGCAAUUGACUCCUACACGUUCAGCAAUGUUCAGACGCUUGGUAACAGUCGCUCCCCGCGUCGGCACCGUGGUGUCGCCUCGCAUCACCCCGGCCCUCGCCGGCAUCCAGACUCAGCCCCUUCUCCGGGUCCCUGCUACAAAGAGAGGAUAUCAUGAGAAAGAUAAGUAUUUGUUCAUGGAUCACUAUAACAACCCCCGUAACGUUGGCAGUUUCAACAAGAAUGACGCCGAUGUCGCCACCGGGCUUGUUGGCGCCCCCGCUUGCGGUGAUGUCAUGAAGCUCCAGAUUCGCGUUGAUAAGGAUACGAAUGUGAUCAGUGAUGUCAGGUUCAAGACAUUCGGCUGUGGCAGCGCCAUUGCCAGCUCGAGUUACCUCACAGAAUUGGUGCGCGGAAUGACUCUUGAGGAGGCAGGAAAGAUCAAGAACACUGAGAUCGCUCGUGAACUUUUGCCCCCCGUGAAGUUGCACUGCUCGAUGCUUGCUGAGGACGCUAUCAAGUCCGCAAUCGCUAACUAUUAUACCAAGAACCCCAACACUCGCCAAACCGAUCUUGGUGGUACCGGUGCCUCCAUCCCUAACGUCAAGGUCGAGGUGGAGAAAACUCAGGGUGCCGGUGCUACUGCUUAACGAAUCCAUAAGCACAGCGAUCAAAUUACUAAAAAAAAAAGAAAUAUCGAAAUCAUCAAAAAUAAAGUUGAUACCAGAUGAGAUUCCCUCACAGUUUUACGGUUUAUUAGCGGGAGGUUGAAAAUUCUAUUUAGAAUGGAAUAGCGCGCUUGGACAGUUCCAUUUUAUUCCAGCAACAGACUGUAUUGGGUACAGUUUUCAAGGUUGCACUUCACACUUGCUUCACACUUUUUUUUCUUUUUUUUGUGACAACGCAGGAAGGCAUUGUGAUAUAGUCCACUUGAUGUGUCAAAUAGUCUUUAAUGAAAAGCACUAGCGUGCAGUGAAUUCGGA